AUCAUGGACGAUUGGUUAUCUGAUCAGGUAACGGUGAUUUGGCAUUUGAUAAUGUCACCAUGUGUAUCCUAAAUUUGAUAUUUUGCUUUGUAAUAUAUAAUCUUCUAUUCUAUAGGAUAUGGGCGGCGACAACUCCUUCUUCAGUGAAGAGCAUCGAAAUCCAACCUUGUACUGUGUUGCAAAUGAAACAAGAAACCAGCUGCGAAGGAGCAAAGACACCGACACGGGAUCACAUUAUGUCCGAGAGAAAAAGGAGACAGCUAAUGGCAGAGAUAUUCAUAGCGCUUUCAGCUAUUAUACCUGGCUCGAACAAGAUAGACAAGUCCUCCGUACUCAGUGAAGCUAUUAAUUACGUGAAACAACUUAAAGGACGCAUAGCUGUGCUGGAGCGAGUGAGAAGAGAAGUACCACCGACAAGUCGAUGAACUUUAUUAAGAAUUGUCAAUCUCA